GGGCAGAGUGGGUCUUCUGAGAGAAAAACAAGAUUCUCUCUCCAUUAUUGGGGAGUACUGACUGACGCCUUAUUGCCUGCUCUUUCACAAUGAAAGCCAUGGAGGAUCAAGUGGUGCAAGAAGAACUAGGAUACCAGGAUGAUGAGGAAUCCUUGUUUCAGGAUAUUGACCUGUUACAGAAACAUGGAAUUAAUGUGGCUGAUAUUAAAAAGCUGAAGUCCGUGGGAAUCUGUACCGUCAAAGGGAUCCAGAUGACAACGAGGCGGGCAUUGUGCAAUGUGAAAGGGCUUUCAGAGGCCAAAGUGGACAAGAUCAAAGAAGCAGCCAACAAGCUAAUUGAACCAGGAUUCUUGACUGCCUUUGAGUACAGCGAGAAAAGGAAGAUGGUGUUCCAUAUCACCACUGGGAGCCAGGAAUUUGAUAAACUAUUGGGUGGUGGGAUUGAAAGCAUGGCAAUCACAGAGGCCUUUGGAGAAUUCCGAACAGGCAAAACCCAGCUUGCCCACACCCUUUGUGUGACAGCUCAGCUUCCAGGAGCAGAUCGCUACACAGGAGGAAAAAUUAUCUUCAUUGAUACUGAAAACACUUUCCGUCCAGAUCGUCUUCGUGACAUCGCUGAUCGCUUCAAUGUAGACCAUGAUGCAGUGCUUGACAAUGUGCUGUAUGCACGAGCAUAUACCAGUGAACAUCAGAUGGAGUUGCUUGACUAUGUAGCAGCCAAAUUCCAUGAGGAAGCUGGCAUCUUCAAGCUAUUGAUCAUUGACUCCAUAAUGGCGCUCUUCCGUGUAGAUUUCAGUGGCCGUGGGGAGCUGGCUGAACGGCAACAGAAACUUGCUCAGAUGCUAUCAAGGCUCCAGAAAAUCUCAGAAGAAUAUAAUGUGGCUGUGUUUGUGUCCAAUCAGAUGACUGCUGAUCCAGGAGCAACUAUGACUUUUCAGGCAGACCCUAAGAAGCCCAUUGGCGGCCACAUCCUUGCUCAUGCUUCAACCACAAGAAUUAGUUUGCGGAAGGGAAGGGGGGAGUUGCGUAUUGCCAAGAUAUAUGACAGCCCUGAGAUGCCUGAAAAUGAAGCUACGUUUGCAAUAACUGCUGGAGGGAUUGGGGAUGCCAAAGAGUAG